CGUUUCUCGAGCAGACGACAGUACUCUGCGUCCUCAGAUUUGAACACUCUCAUAAUAACUGAAACCCGAUGUCUUGAGGCCAUGGUAUACAACAUUUAGUUCAUAGCAUGCUACGUUGUUCUCGAAUUUACUAUUCUUCAUGUUGUUAACUGCCAUAGGUUUUCUGCACCUAAAAUACCCACCGAACUACUGAUGGCAGAUUGGCUACACUGUAAUCUUUGCUUCCUGCAGCCAGGAGAUGGCACUCCAUUUCACAUAACCAGCUGUGGGCAUAUUUACUGUGAUGGCUGUGUUGAAAAAGGUUCAAAAGUAAGCUGUAGCAUGUGUGCAAGUAAAUGUUCAACCCUGGAGCUGAGUGGUAAAAUGAAGCCAGAUGUUGAGAGUUUCUUUUUGGAUCCAGUGGAUGUGCUGAACAAAGCAUUCAAAAAAUUUGUGCAGACAUGGGAAUUUCAACGCAAUCACAGGAGGAGGUUAUUUUCCCACAUGUCAGCUAAGGUACUGGAGCUGAAUAAAAUGGUGUUGGAAGCAACCAAAGUGGUAUCAAAGAUGCAGUCCCUUGAAAAAGAGGUGAUAAAACUCAGAGAGGAAAAUAUCUACCUAAAAAAGCUUUUACAGGACAAGGGAUUUGGAAGCACCUCAAGGCCUUUACCACGGGCACUUUCAUCACCGACAGGAUUCAGAAAUUCUCCUAGUGUGACGCGAGCCAGUAACUAUACCAUAAAUUCCCCCUACAGUCACUGCAAUUCAAGCUACCAGCUUCAGUCCACUAACCAACCAUCAUCAAUACAGCUGACUGCCAGCAUCACUCCAGGUCGACUGAUUGCUAGGACACCACCAUCAGGAGGCAGAAUGGGAACAGUUGGAGGGUCCUCCAGCAACACUAUUUCAUUGCACAGAACCCCUCAGUCAGUAGCCCAUAACAUCUACCCUCCAACUUUACAGACAGACAAUCUCAUGUCAGACUGAGAUGAUGAUCCAGAAAUGACUUAUCUACACAGCCAUCUCUCCAUUAUUUUAUAGUAUUGCAAUUCAUCAUGGUAUUAAUGUGGAAAUUACAUCACAAUCAAGAAAGUUUGAAGUUUUGGUUCUACAUGAAUAGCCCUUUUGCUGCAAGAGUUUUUAGAUAACAAUAAAUUAUUCUGAACAUAAUUCAGUAUGCUAUUCGGCAGAUGUUAACAUGUGAUUCAGUAAAUUUAUUAUUACACUUGCUUACUUCUGAUGUUUUCAUUAUUCUUGCUUGUUCCAGCUGAACACCUUUUAAGCAAUGUAUACACAUUUUGUUUUCAGGAAAUGCCAAACUGUGUUUACAGUUGCUAACUUUAAUUUACUAGUACAUAGCCUCUGGCAGUUCAUAUAAACAUUUGGAUACAUUACACAAAGCCUAACCAGUCAAUAAGUCAUUUUUGAGGGGAGACAGAGGGGAAAGAUUUGGUAGGUUUCUUAGGGCGAUAUAUGAUAACAGGAUCAACAGUUUGUUUCAUAAAAUAGAAUUAACAGGACUACAGAUCAUAACAGUAUCUAUGCUCUUCAAAAUGUUUGCUUUGUUUAACCCAGUUGGUCUUGUGGUCUUUCAAUAAUUAUAAAAUAAAGUGCUCAUCACUGCUGCUGCUGCUGCUUUUUGUUUUUGUAAAUGCUUUUU